AUGGAGCUAGGGAGGGACAACCCCAGAACAGGUCACAAAUGGGUCACUUUAGUGAGCCAUGUCUCCCUCAUUUUUACGCGUGAUAGAGAGUCACGCCACAAGCUCUCCACCAUCCCGGUCCUCCCGCAGUGCCUCCUCAACUCCACCGUCCUCCUCCACCGCAAGCUCCGCCUGGGGCUCUCCCCUCUCCUCGACCGGUUCCCUCCCUCCAUCUACCUCUUCCCACCCUCUUCCUCCUCUCCCUCACCCUGUCGCAGCUCCAAGCCACCUAUCUCCCUCGAAGGGCCGAGCCCCGAGGGGCUCGUGGUGAUUGCCUUCGAUGCCACGCGGAAGCAUGCAGAGAUGGUGAGCGCAAGCGAGGAGUACCUGUCGCGGUUUGCGGUUAGAGUUAACUUGGGCUUCGAUUGAGAGAGCCUCGAUGGAGGGAGCAUCUAUGAUUUCGGAAUUGUUACUCGGAAUGAGCCAUAUGGAGGGUGCGUGAGCGCGAUGGAGGCGGUGGCUAGGGUAUUGAGGGUGGGGGAGACGAAUGGGGAAGAGGUUGAAGGGAGGCUGAUUCAGGUUUUGAAGGAGAUGGUGAUGUUGCAGGCGAGCUUCCUGAAGCCCGUGAAGCCGAGGAACAAGCUGUUGAAGAAAGGGAAGUCUGACCAAUAAACAAGAAAGGGAAGCAUAGGACAACAACAAGAGGUGGAAAUGAAGCUGGAGCAGAGUGAUCGGCAAAAUG